UCAAGCAUUUUGUACGAAAUGUAGAAUAAUGCAUGCCAUGUCGUUAACAGUUGUUCUUUUGAUGACUCUGUAUUCAUCGCUUUUGAGAGCUUAUAGACCGGACGGUUAUGUUGGAUGUUUUAAGGACAAGAAAGACAGAAUUCUAAAAGGAAAACACCGAGAAUCCAAAACUAAUAGUGGAGAUGAGUGCAAACGUUACUGCAUGUCAUAUAGAUAUAGAUACGCAGGGACAAAGAAAGAAGAUGAAUGUUACUGUGGACAUACCAUACCCGUUCAAGAACUAUUAUAUAUCUGCAAUCACAAAUGUCCAGGGAAUCACGAAGAAAUAUGCGGAGGGCGUUCGACAAUUUCUGUGUACGACACAUGGUAUUGUGCUACUUCACCUUGUAAGAAUGGUGCCACAUGUGAAGACAUUGAUGCACGCAGCUAUAACUGUAUCUGCUUUGGGGAAUGGACAGGGAAAAAUUGUGACAAAGAGACAGAAACAACAACAUUGGAAACAUCAUCGUUGUCAGAUAAAACUCAAUUAUCGACACGCAUAAAAAUAACAACACAUUUCCCAAACAUUAAAACGACAGAUAAAUCUGAAUCAAAUAUUGCUGAAUAUGUGUUGGUCCCAGUAGCUUUAGUAGUCCUGAUAGCUAUUACCGUGGCAGUAGUCUGCAUAAAGAGACGAAGGGCUGCUAAGAACGUUCGAAAUGGAGUCUCCAGUGAGUUAGCAACAACAAAUAAACAACCUAAGCACAGAGAAGUAGGAAACGCAUCUUGCAACGAUUAUAAAGUAAAAUCUACACCAUAUUCAUAUUGUUCGACCUCGCGCACGUCCACUUACUUCAACAGUGGAUAUGUUGACAUAGAACCUGACGGAUGUGACAAUAAACAAAAUAAGUACAAUCAUCUUACAAUACAAACAUUGCCAUACUUUGACAACACGUAUUCGCAUCUUAAAGCAAAUCAGAACAACAUUAGUUGGAUUUCUGACAUUACAUAUUCACAUUUAGACAAUGAAAACUCCCCAACAGAAACAACUGAGGACAUUGACACAUAUAAUCGGUUACAAGUAAACACAUCAAACGGAAUGAAAAGGUUUCAAGACGAGUCAGAUUGUGAUACCGACUAUAGUCAUUUAGAUGCCAGAGCACAAAAAACGGAAAUCGAUGCGGACGAUUAUUCACAUAUUAACUAUAAGUCGCCAGAGAAAAACAAAGAGCAUUCCUCAAGUGACUUGUCUGGAAAUACGCAUGAGCUAGCCAUUGUAGAAACAAGCGAUGGAGAGAUAAGACAUGAUUAUUUUGUGUUGGAGAAAAUCAGCUAAUUUCACAACAUUUCCGACAAAUGAGGCUUAUGCUAGUGUAGCAUUGAAGGUUCCAUGUGCACCGCCGUAUGAACAAAUCUGCGGAUGUCUCUAAAUUGUUUUUUGUACUUUUAGCAUGUGUAAAUGUUGAGUUCUGCUCAACCCGGGGCUAGAGGGCGUGGACAGUAGCAUGCAUUUUAACUACCGUCCAUGAACAGGCUCAAUCAAACCGAGCCUGCAACAUUUUCGUUUUUGUUGUGUUGAGCGACCUGUGGAGUUUCCACUUUUUCUAUUUUAUGAACAGACUCAAUCAAACCGAGUCUGCAAUUUUCACUGUUUGCCUUGUUCUCGGUGCUUCCGCGGGAUCGAAUUUUCUGAUUUUAUUGACAGUUGUUAUUUUGUUUUGUUUUAAUAUCAAUUAAAGAGAAAGUUUUAUAUCAUCACGGAAUGCCAUUGGUCCUAUACUGAAGAAUAUAAGUGAAAGCGUGGUCCGAUGUUCUGUACAUUAACAUAUCAAUAUUCCAUUAUUGUGUCAGCAAUUUCAGUUUCAAUGGUUGAAAUUAAUCCUACUGUGGCUAUAUCUUUCAUAAUUAUCCUCCUGCGCAUUAAGAAAAAUAUGUUGUUUAUGAAAUGUUAAAAUUUCAACAAACACUUAAUGUGGACAUAUAUUUUUCAUUUAAAUACGACCUUUACCCAUUCUAAACAAGUCACAAGUGGUGUAUUUCAUAAAACGUGUAAAUACCAUGAAAAAGAAUACAAGGGGUGUAGAUAUUUACUUUUGCGGCUAUAUGGUCAAAUAUGAGACCAAAUUUAACUUUGUUACCGAGAUAUGACAGGAAAAGGAAGUUAUCUGAUUUUUGUUAUGAAGUUUUGGCCUUAAAUUGAGUUUCUAAAUUCAACACAUUUAUGUGUAUUUUGAGAUUUUUUAAAAAUUGGGUUGAGGUAGCAGAAUAAUAAAAUGGUAUCAUAUCAUUAGAUGAUUUUCUAAUUUUCAUAACAUAUCUUUCUAAAUGUGUCAGAAAACAAAAAUGUACCUUGUGCAAUAUGAAAUAUAUUGUAAAAGAUAUUGAGUGAGUGUUAGAAGUUUCAAGUAUAGUAUACGAUAUAUCAGACAACUUCCCGGAAAUUGGCGUUUACUGAUGACGGUGUUUAAAUUUGCGUGUAAUAGAAGUCAUUCUUAAUGUAUUUUGACUGUGUAUUCGUAGUCGUUUUAAAAAGUUAAACCCAAAAACAAUUGUAUACUGUUGUGCAAAUUGAAAAGAAACCGCAUUUUUGUUAACUAUAAGGAUUGCACAUCUAUUGUACCGAAUGUUGGCAAUUACCAUACAUUGUCAUUUGAUCAUUCGCUGGUUGUCUUAACACCUUUCCCCCAUGGUUUCCUGUUAUUGGAUGUAUUCGUACUUGAACAUCUAUAAAUAACAUUGAGCAUGGUAACUGAUUAAGAUUUAUAAAUACAAUUAUAUUUUGAAAUAAAGUUUUGUUAAUUUAGUCAGUUUAUUAAACAAGUUCAAAACAAUUGAAACGUGUUUAUUACGUGGUAGAACAUAGAGCAGGUAACUACAGAUGAAAAAUAUACGAGUAGUACGUGUUAUGGAUAUUUUUAGGCUUAUUGAUGAAACUUCGUACUACUUUCUGCGUGAUAUUAAAAACGAUGUGUUUUUUUUUCUUUGUGGGAUGGUAUGUUUGAAGAUAUUAGUCAUAAAUUGUAAAAAAAAAUGAUUGAACCUGCAAGUAUGACAAUAUUAACUUAGAAGGCUCACGUUCAUAACAUAAUGGCGGUGCCGGAGAUUUUACAUGAUCGCAAAACCACGCCAUAAAAACUACGUAUACAAUAUAUUUUAUUACAUGUGUACUAUCAGAUUUUAGUGAAAUCAGUAUUUUAUUAAAAUCAUAUUAUCCUAAAUAAACAGUUUGCAAUGCAUGCUCUUAAAACAACAAAUUACACCUUUCUUUCUUUUUCAUUUGUGAUAUUUUCGUUCAGAUUUAUUUUCUGUUAUAUUAUACAAAACCUUAAUGGUUUAUGUUUUUAUAAUGCAAAUUUAUGAUCCGUGUUAGUAAAAUUAACUGAAAUUCUGAAUUUUCGUUCAGUAUUUAUUUCCUGUUAUAUUAUACAAAACCUUAAUGGUUAAUGUUUUUAUAAUGCAAAUUUAUGAUCCGUGUUAGUAAAAUUAAAGGGAUACAUUUAAUAUAUUAUGGAUAUUCUGAUUUACAGUACUCAGUUUCAGCAUAAAAUCAAUAAAAUUAUAUAUUAUACACACGGCACACAGUACAGUCGGAAUUACUGUUUAUUUAAGACCUCGUAUCAUCAGCCUAUACAUUUACCCUAAAGCAUUAGUUUUCUGACAGAAUCUUAUUAAGGAUGUCCUUAAAUAGUUUCAUUUACGCCUGUUCUUCCAACGAAAACACGGAGGUGCAACUCUACAAUUACUUACUUAACCGGUUGUAUGUUUGCAUCAAUUUAAAUAACAAGUGAUCUGCUUCAAUCAAAUAUCUGAAGCGUUGAAAUGUGUUGUCAUUGAGAAUUGACCUAUAAGAACAAACUGUUAUGAAGUAUUUUUAUUUCAGGAAAUCAACAAACAAACAAAUAUAUAACCGUAUGUAACUCUGAAUGCUACAUAAGUAUGAACACUUCUAAUUAGUCUCUGCAAAGACGAAAUCAUAUAUGUCAUUUUCUAUAUGAUAACUACUUAAGUAAUGUCCCUCUUUUAAACUUGUUGAACCCACUGUUCAUAGUUGAUGUUAUUAAUUAGAAUGUAAGACGCUGUUAACAUCUGACAAAAUUUGUAUAUUAAACAUUGAAAUAUACGAUAACAACAGUAAGCAAGCACUGAUAACAGGAAAUAUUUGUUUGAUAUUAUCAGGCUGAGAACAACAUCAAGUACAUCUUUAAACUGUUUGGUAAAAGCUAAAAUAGCCCGUUUAUUAUACUACUGUAUAGCAUAACCCAUGACACAUAUUUUUUGUUUUUUUGUUUAACGUAGCACCGUGACAAUUAUAUGUCAUAUGGCGACUUUCCAGCUUUGAUGAUGUAGGAAGACCCCAUCUGCACCUCCAUGCAUUAUUUCAUAACGAGCGGGCACCUGCGACCUUAACCAUUCGGCCAUGGAGCCCCUCCCCUACACCCAACACAUAGAGACAGUCAUAAAAGAAAAGAAAAUCCUGGAUCAGAAUAAUUAAAAUAAAAACAAUUAUACCCAUUUGUCACAAGAAUCUUAAUUUUGUUUUAGAUAAUUGUUAUCCUCACAGAUCUAGCCUGACUUAGAUUUUAAAAUAUACAUAAGUUUCAAUGACUUGGUGUAGGGCGACACAUGUCGAAACAUAAAGGAUAGUGCUUAUACCGCGGCAUACUCUUACCAUCGAUAGCUUACAACAUUCAUUUUUAAAGAGUCUCUAUGGGCUAACGGCAAUAGGUUAGCUGGUUCCUAGUUUGCAAGAUGCAUAUUGCUGAGAAAGCAAAAUUACAAAAUUCUCCCUGGUACUCGACAGCUUCAGUCUUAAACAAUGAUCCUGUUGUAAUACCGACCCGUGGAAUCGGACCGAAAUAGCCGUUUCUAUUUAGACGACUGCAGACAUGGUAAAUUAAGAUGUGUCUUCUAGUUUGGUUCUAUUUGACCCGUUUUCGGAACGCCUUUCUAAUAUUUCCCUUGAUAUUUGGCUGACGCUGGCAGACAAAAUUGAAUGUCAAUUAAUUCUUAAUUUCACGUAUAUUCGAACAUGAGCUGAACCAUUUGACUCCAAGAGAAUGUAUUUUCCCUAGGGUAUCUUGUCCAUAACUUAGUUACAAAGAUUACACUAAUGGAGACAAUAAAACUGAAUAUUUUCAGGGUGUGCAAUUUCGUUACCUGCAUACACAGUAACAUAAACGAAUGCAAUGAUAGCAACGAGACACAAAACAUGCAUGAAGAAGAAACUUAUCAGGGUACCGACUUGUAACAGUUAGUGGCAAAAACACCACUAGGGAGUUUAAAAUAGUUAACUGGCACCAGCCCUACCAUAUUCGUGUAUAAGAAGACAGUGUGAAUAAAAUUAGUCUGCACUUGGUGAAUCCCUAACACACGAAAUGGUUAUCACAAAAACAUCACAUGGAACCGUAAACAUAAGUACUCGCUGACAUUGCAAAAGCCAAAAUACCAUUAAGGGAAAGGCGAAGCAGAGCAGGGGGAGGGGAGUAUCAAACCAAUCCGUACCAAUAUGGAGUGCUCGCUUUCAAUACAUCUUUUGUAUUAGCAGACUGCAAAUGAAAAAGGAUGUAAGUCUUACGUCGUUGAAUUUUGAUUAUUUGAUUUACAAAAAGUGUAAUUAAUCUAUGACAAAUACGCCUCUUUUGCUUAAGACAAACAAACAAACAGACAAAAUUAAUAAAGCAUUAUCCACCAUUUCAAUAUUUUAGUAUUAUUUAUGCCGAAAGUAAGACAUUAUAUUUGCGUAAUUUGGCCUAAACUAGCUUAACUUUUAAACGCGUAUUUGACUGCGUUGACAAAGAACAUAUAUAUUAUGAUAACAGCAACAAUAACUUAAGAUAAUACAAGCCGUAAAAGGAGCAACUUAUGGGUUGGCUCUUUUCAUCAAUAUAUAAAAAUGUGUAUGUUGUAGUACCCCUUUAAACCAUGUACGUGUAUUAUUUCAAACUGUAAACAAAUUGAAAUGUUAUCUUAGUAUUGUCUGAAUAGUAAUAGAGGACGUUCAUCAAAAUAUAACAGCCAGCUAUAUAUAUCUUUCAAUUUGUCUGUACUUAACGUGAACUUCUACAAUAUGUUUACUUCCUGAUAUGACUGACGUGCGUUAAUAUUGUAUAGCACUUGUAAUUGUUGUUUCUGAUUUGACUGUUAACUGCUUAAAUAAACAUUGUAUAUUGAUUCUGAAAUAAAGUUAAUUAGUACUUUGGUUUUACAAGAAGUAACAGAAAAUUUGAAAUGAAGUCUUUAUUUUCUUUGUUUCUGUUACAUUUACAAGCACAUUGUUUACAUCUGUCGGUACAAGGACGGCACUCAAACUGCUUCACUGUCGGUAUGUGUCAAGACUACCAGGAAGUGCGGAGUAUACGCAAUUCGUAUGUUUUAUGAAUUAUUGCAGAAAAGAGUUUCCUUAAUAUCGUUACAGUACAUUUGUCAUUACUUGGAAGUUAGGCUCUGAAGGAACAGAUGGUGUUCAUGUUGUUGCUACAUGUGUACAUUAUGAUGUAAAGAGUAUAGAUUUUUUUCAAUAAACAUGUUUCUUUGGGGGCUGUUUUUAAAUUAUUCCUAUAGUUAUAUUAAUGUUUCAUUUAUAACCUUGAAGCACACAUUCCAGAAGGUUACCUUGGUUGCUAUAAAGAUUACCAUAAAAGAGUCCUGCAAGGAAAGAGGGAAAAUUUUAAAUCAUCAAAUAGUGGAGAUAAAUGUAAGGAGUUUUGCAAGUCUGCUAAAUACAGAUAUGCAGGAACUGAGGUAAGAGAGAAAAUGAUUUUUUCAAUUUAUUAGAAAGAACAACCGUCUAUACUACUGAGGAUGGCUUAUUUUAUUACAAUACUUCUUCACACAGUUGAUUAAAAUAUUCAUUAGUAAAGUACAAAAUAUGUUAUAUAACAAACACUUAUAACUACUAUAACACUAAAGGUAAUGAAUGACUAAAUUGAUAUAGUUCGAAUUGCGGUUUGAAAUACAACAUUUACAGCAAUAUAUAGUUUGGUAUAAGUCAUACAUAUAAGACAAAGACAAUUAUUCGAGCUUUUCUGCUCGACGGAAACCACAUGUGUUCCUCUUUGAGUUACAGCUAGUAUGUGAGCCGUCGACCCUACGUAACCAUCUACACGCCUUCGCAAAUCGACGUAAGGAUUCUUGCGAUGCCUGGAUAUGACCGUAUUUGUUGUACUGUGUCCUUCAUAGAAAUCUACCCUUACCUUUUUCCAUUUUUGGAAUAGCAACGAUGAACAAUAAGGCUGACAUAAUAACAGUAAGAAUAUCAGGGUGCAGGGGCUUGCUCGGUUAUUCACUUAUGGAUUAUGUGUUGGAAUCUAGAGCCACACGUUAUAUUAACUUUUCCCUGCAAGAUCAUCAUUGUCUGUCUGAUGGUCAUUCCCUUACUACUUGUAAAUUGAUACCAACUAUUCUAUUGUAUUAUGAUGAACACGAUAAUUGUACGAUUAUCUGUUCGAUCUCCUCGAUUUGCAAAACAGGCAAACGUAGUUCGUCACAUAGAAUAUUACUAAAUGUGAAAGAAACAAAAUAUCAGUAAUACAGAUCAAAAUUUAAUGUUAUUUAGACUUUUUUGCAUUACUUUAAAGCCCAACAAAUUAGACUGCAAAGAGUUCUUUUAAACAUGUCCAUUUGCUGAUAUACAUUGCAGUAUAUGGUAGAAUGUUAUUGUGGCAAUCAAAUCAGGAUACAAAUGCUCAGUGAAGGAUGCAAACUAACGUGUCCCGGAAGCAGUGAAGAAUACUGUGGAGGAUAUUGGCAUAUUUCUAUAUAUGAUACAUGGCUGUGUGCCACUAACCCA